CGCCCCCGUGUUUUCCUUCCGGAAACAGACGUCCUGAUGAAGGUAGCAGUGAGGUAGCAGCUGCGGCUCCACACGGUUCAUGGUCGGCAGUCACCUCUGACUCGUAGCUCACUUCGGCUCGAGUCGGGAACCCCGCUGAAGUUGGUUUGGCUCGGUGCUUUCUCUUUAGCUCGGCGGCUAACAUCAUGGCGGCCGCGGAUCCACGUUUCUCGAAUAACGGCGGGCCGGCCAGCAGAGGAGGAUUCCCCGCGGGGGAGAGCAGCAGCGACCGCGACGGGCCGGGCGGCAGCAGCAGCGGCGGCGGAGAGAGCGAGCGCGAUCGGGCCACCUUCGAGUGCAACAUCUGCCUGGACACUGCCAGGGACGCGGUCAUCAGUAUGUGCGGCCACUUAUUCUGUUGGCCCUGCCUUCAUCAAUGGUUGGAGACGCGGCCCAGCAGGCAACAGUGUCCCGUCUGCAAGGCGGGCAUUAGCAGGGAGAAAGUCAUCCCGCUGUACGGCAGAGGGAGCUCCAGCCAGGAGGACCCCAGGUUGAAAACUCCGCCUCGGCCUCAGGGACAGAGAACCGAGCCUGAAAGCAGAGGAGGGAUGUUCCCCGGUUUUGGAGAAACGGGCUUCCACAUGUCUUUCGGGAUCGGAGCGUUCCCCUUCGGCUUUUUCACCACAGUCUUCAACGCCAACGACCCCUUCCACAGAGCAGACCAGUAUGUAGGGGAUCACCAAGCCAACGGUAACCUUAACAACGGCAACAACAACAACAACUGGCAGGACUCCCUCUUCCUGUUCGUCGCCAUCAUCUUCUUCUUCUGGCUGCUGAGCGUCUGAUGAUGACGACCACCGUAUAAAAAUAAAAACAAGACUGGAGACACUAGCGCGCGCACACACACACACACACACACACUCACACAUGAUUUUCAUUAUGUAACCUGAGAAAAAGCUGCUGAGAGUCAAGAAAUACAGGUUUUCUCCUCCACUCCGCCCCCAACACACACACUGACACACACCUGCUGUGUUAACACUGUAAAAACACAAAAUCUUACCAAGUAUUAUUGUCUAAUUUCUAAUGCAGAUAUCUUAGCACACUUGAAAUAAGACAAAGUAAUUUACAAGAAACUUUUCAGCAAGAUAUAGGAGCUUGAUUUGAGUAAAUAAUUCCUUGAUGAUGAUAAAGUACGAGUUCUAGUAGCAGAUUAUUUAUUACAUGGGAAAAAUGUGUGUCUGAACUAAUCUGCCAGUGGAACAAAACAUUUUACACAGAUAACAAAUAUUAUAAGCCUCAUUAUAGCUUAUAAUAUGGGAAAUGAUUUUUGGUCUACUUUUUAAUGCUAAUAUAUUUAUACAAUUGAAAUAAGACAAGUAACGUUUUCUGCACAACGCAAGAUCUUUUUUUAAGUGAAUAAUUCCUUAAUAUUCAUGAAAAAGUGCAACUUCCUGUCAGAUUAUUUCACUUAUAAACUGGAAAGUGAAAUAAUCUGCUUGUGGAAAUGGCUUUUUUUUAAUAUUUAGGAAUUGACAUAAAACAAUUCCUUCCUAAAAAAUUACUUUAACUUAGUUUUGUCUUAUUUCAAGUGUACUGAGAUAUUUUCUGUAUAAACUAAACUAUAAAUACUUGGUGUUAUUUUAUGUUUUUGCAGUGAAUGUUGUUUAUGCAACAAAAUAAAUCACAAUCCAGAGCAGGAGUCGGCAACCUUGCCUUUUUUUAAUUUUUAACUCUGUUCUUUACCGUUUCAGGUCAAAGUCAGAGCCACAGGUUGCUGACCUCUGACCCCCAGUAAUCUAGGGCCACCUCUGUAGUUGUCAGCACAGAGUUUGGUGACAGUAUUAAAAGUUUUUAGCUGAUGGAGCAGAAACAGCCGGGAUGGGUAAACCUUCUUCUUGGUUUCUAUAUUCAGUAUCCGUAAGGUGGAAGGAACGGGAGUAAGUUUAUUUACAUUCGUCUUAAACUGCCAUUACACUGUGAGGUCACCUGAGGAUGGAGCUGUCCUUAACGUCUGGUGUCUUUUUGUUUUUUUCUGUGUGUUUUUUUUCCCCCAGAAUGCAACACAGUUUUAUUUCAGAACGGAUCCACUGAAAUCUUAAAGGUGCCACUCACAGGACUUUUGCAGAAUAAAUGAGUUCUUUGGACUUUUCCCCCUGAAAUGGAGCGAUUAUGAAACACUUAUGUCUUGUUUUGUUUUAUCUCUGUGUGUGUGUAUACUUAAUAUAUUUGUAUAUAUGAAUAUUGUAAAUGCUGUUUAUGUGUUUCGGGGAGCUACAGACGAUUGCUCAGACGUGAAAGUCUUAUGAUUCUGCUUCUAAAACAAAAAACAGACUUUCCCUAUUGAUGUGAAUGAUGAGGUGAAGUUUCACUUUUCCUGGACAAAUAACUGACAAAAUCUGUAAAAAAAAAAAAGAGAGAAAAAUAAUAAAAAAUAA